AUGACGGAAGUCGUUUCGAUGGCGAACGGUCACCGAACUUUACCUGCUCCUACUCUUACCUCUACUCAGGUACCUCAUAAUUUUCUCAAACUUCUUCUUCUACCUGUCGAGGAGGCUCCUCGUGUUAGUUCCGCGACUAACAUUCCGAGCUUUACACGCUUUCAGGACCAACAACACACUUCUCAUCAUCAUCUCAGCCACCACUCACACUCACACUCCCACUCCCACUCCCACAACCAUCAUCACCAUCAACAACAGCAACAUACUCCUUCCUCAUCGGCUGAACAGCCUUCGAGAAAAUCCCUCUCCAUGGAGUCAGAACCGCCUGUUUCUUCCCAGCCCGUACGGGACUGGGGAAUUGAUCCUCACCUCGGCAAGGACACCGAAUUGUUAAGAAAACAACUUCUUUCUGCCAUCUCGGGAGAGGAACCGAUGCAACAGCCCACGCCUAUGUCAUCUCAGCAACCACCAAAUUCCUCUCCAACAGUCCUUCAGAGGAACGAUAUCCGACCAAGCUCAAGCCUUAGCCCCGGAAGCGGUGGCGAAGAUUCCAGCAAGGCCGACUCGCGACAGAAGAGAGAAUUGAAUAGUUCUAAGAGAGCUGCCCAAAAUCGUAACGCUCAGAGAGCAUUCCGUGCCCGAAAGGAAGAAUACAUCAAGUCCCUCGAGUCGAAGGUCCGUGAUUACGAAGCUGUUGAGGAACGAAACGGUGCCUUGGAGAACGAGAACGCCGCCCUCCGACAAUACAUCAUGCACCUCCAGCGACGAUUACUCGACCACCUUGGCGAGGGAGAAGCUCUUCCGGACCCACCGGCCGGUCUUAACAUUGAAAAUCUACACAUCUCUAGCCGACCAUCAUCGGCCAGGAUGUCGCUCAAGCCAGAACUGCCACCAAUUUCCGCGCUUCACGACAAAACUCUGACAGAGCCUGUAGCCGGAGUCAAGAGAGUACGAGUUGACGAAUAA